AUGGGGGGUCGUGAUCACUCACAAUAUCUUGCUUUACCAUCGGAAGAAGAAGUGAAGAAAUGUUUCCGGGCGUUUAGAUCUGCGACAUCAAACUCAGCCCUUGCAAUGUUGAUUUGCGUCGUUUGUGCGAGAGAGUUGAUGAGUUAUGAAGUUUCUGUGGAUUCCAUUCCAAGAUCAGUAACAUUAUGGGAGGGCAUGUUGCUGCUUGAUGGUCAUAUCAAAGGCAAUGCACCAAAUGCAACAGGUUGGUUGUAUUCAAAAGAUUCCCACGGCGGAAAUCCUAGUCAUAUGCAGCGUGGCAUGGCCGGCAAUGCAACAUUGUAUGACAUGAAUACUGACGAUGUUGCGAAGAUGAUAGGAGGACAAUUUCUGCCACAGCCUGUGGACACAUUGGCGUCAAUAAUUGGAAUAACGUAUAUUGGAAAACAAGACUUGCCGAAGGAUUGGUUGAAGUCAACAUUUUGUGUCCGUCGUGCUGUGGUUUUCAAUGCACUUGUGUGGUUGAAGGCCAACAAUCCAUUGUAUGCGGAUAUUCAGAUAUCGGAAGACUUGCUUGCACGACUUCCAGAGGAUGAAGUUCCUGAAGAAAUCAUCUCGAUCAUUCGCCAUGAGGCUAGUGAUGAUGUUGCGAUGCGUGAAAGUGAGGGCUAUGUACCCAGUGAGCAAGUGGCUUAUGAUCAACGUGAACAUCAUAUUUAUUUGGAAUACAAAGCACUGGAUGAUCAGAUAAUGCUGGAAUUGCAAGGUCAAGGAACCUUGAAUGCAGGGAAUCACGAUGUUGAAGGUCUGAGUCCUGAUAGUCGUGAUGGCAGCAGUGUCAUCCCAUUGCAAUUUCUUGGGAUCACUGACACGGAGCUUAGCAAAUUGCCACUGAAUGACUUGAUGAAAUACGCACUUAUGAAUCUGGAUGACAAUGAAGGAGGAUAUGCUGUUCGCCAUAGUCACAAUCCUGUGUCAGAUUUUGCUCGUGAUCGAGGAGGAAAAGAGUCAAAUAGGAUUAAUCCAUUGGCUGCUACCUAUCCGAAGCUUUUUCCAUAUGGUGUUGGAGGCAUUGAAGCAAUGCGGACAAAAUCUGUUGGAUUUGAUGAACAUGUUCGAUGGGCAUUGCAAUAUCACGAUCGUCGGUUCCGCACUCAUCAUUCAUUUCCCUUUAAACGUAAAGCACUCCAAUCUGCUCAGAUUCAGAUGCGACGAAAAGAUUUCGAGCGCGAUGCGCAAGCAGAGAAGGAGGAAGCAGAUAACAAAUUCAUUUCAAAUCCUCGAGUUCGAAUCCUGCGGAAACACGUAUUUGCCAUGUCAGGUCAAGUUGUUGGAUCUGAUAAUGCCCGGGCUCGGUAUCGCGGACAAAUGUGGGGGACAUGUUUGUGUCUCUGUGGACCAAGUCUUUGGAUGACAAUAAAUCCAACCUUCACAGGAGAAACGAUUAAUCUGGAUGACUUCGACCUUCGUGCUGCUCAAAAUAUUGCCAGGGAUCCAUUCGCAGCUGCGAAGUAUUUCUUUUUUAUCAUCAAGGCCAUUCUUUUGCACCUUUUCCAAAUCAAUGCAACAAGUCAUCAGGUGCAUAGCGAGAUGGGGGCACAAGGGCGAGGGACCCUGCAUGUUCAUAUGAUGGUCUGGCUACAGCACACUCCAAACAUGGUGGAGAUGCAUGCUCUGUUGCACGAUGACAGUUUCUGUGCACGUGUGCGGAACUAUAUCCAACAAAACAUUCGCGCACAUGUCGACGGUUUAGAUGAAGAGACCAUUCGGUCAAUGCCGAAAGAGAGCGGUUUGCCUUAUUCGCAUCCUCCAAAUCCUGACUUGGGUACCUGGCAGGCGGAGAGUCAAGAUGUUGAACAUCGUGUUGUUAGGUCUCAGCAAGUGCACACGCAUGGGCAGCUGUUGUCACCAGUUGAUGUCAUUGACGAACAUGGCAGAUGGAGUCCAAAGCGGACCUACGCAUUUCUCAACAACUACUGUCCAGCCAUUACCACGACGCUCCGUUGCAAUAACGACAUCAAGCUUCUCACAAAUGCUUGGUAUCUCACAGGUUAUUCAACGAAGAAGCAAAACAAAAACAAUAAUGUUUCUGCUCUCAUGGCAAACACACUGUUGUACCAUCAAGGGCACUCAAACCAUCUUGAUGGCACCCUCGAUCGUAAUCGUCUUCUGCUGUUUCGCUGCCAACAUGCCAUAAAUCGGGAAAUGGAAAUGUCUGGUCCACAAGUGAUGGCAUACCUUAUGAACUGGGGAGACAUCAUUUGCUCGCACCAUUAUGUGCCAUUAUACUGGUUCGCACUUAAAUCACAUUUACUAGAGGCAUUCCCGGAGCUAAAGGAGGACAAAACUCGGUAA